AGUAAAGAGAAACUGAAGGAGCUAAACUCUCAAAAGCUCUAUUGGAGAUGCCGUUUGACCGCAGUGGCCAUCACAUCGCGAUCUGAGUCCUCCUCCUUUGUAUUGUUGCUCCCCUCGUCUCUUCCUUCGUCUACGGUAACGGCAGCAGGGAACGGUGGAACAAGGAGGCUUCAGAUCUUCGCUCCAGGUUCCUAUUUGUACCCGUGGAUAGGCAUUGCAAGGUCGAGGGAUCCCCCGACGACGGUCGCCAUGUUGAGGCAGGUAUCCAGUAGGAACCAGAGGGGAAAAGGGAGUCAUAAGAUGAAGACUGUUCUUCACAUGUGUCUUUUGAUUGCCAUCUGCAUCUGGUUGCUCUGUCGAAUGAAUCACUCCCAUGACAAGAAGGAAACAUUUGAAGAGAGGAGGGAGAAGGGUGACGAGAGGUGGUUCAACAUUAGAAGAUUUGGGAGGGAGGAUCUGCCUCACAUAGCUGAAGUAGCGGACAGGGGUGAGGACAAGGGUGUCGAUGAGGUGAAAAAAGAUUCUAUUGCAGUAGGACAUGGAAUUAGGCAGGAAGAAGUCAUGGAUGAAGGUGGAUCUGAUGUGGAACUUGAGGAUGAAGAAGAAGCUGGCCUUGAAGAAGAAAAGGAGGAUCAAUCAAAGGAAUGGGAUGGGAUUGAUGACCAUGAACACAAUGAGGCAGUUCAUAAGGCUCGUGAAAUAAGUUUCAAAGGAGACGAUGUGUCCAGUGAAGUAGUCCAUACCAUUCAAGAAGUGGACCAUAAAGAAGCAUCUCAGGCAGCACAAGAAAGAAGUUUUAAGGCCGAUGAUGCUUCUAGUGCUGUAGCUCAUGUGGUCCAAGCGAAUGAAUUUGAAAAUGAAGCAAUGAAGAACCUUGACAGAAAUAAGUCAGAUGAUAAGAAGAGGAAAGGAGAGACUGGAGACGUGCCUGAAGGAAACCAAAGAUAUGAAUCUAAAAAUGGAGCAGUGGAGAAACUUUGUGAGAAUGAUCCCCAUGGUAAGGAGAACAAAGAGGAGGCUCAGCAUGUGCUAAAAGAAAAGCUAGAUUUUGAAUCUGAACGCCGAGCAAAAAAGAACAUUGACAAAAAUGAAUCAGAUGUUAGAAAGGAAGAAAAUUCAUUUGCCUCCAUGCUACUAGAUAAUACCAGAGGGAACAAUUCAAGUAUUAAUCAUCAAGGAAGUUUGACUGCAAAUAAUGCUACAUUUGCCAGUAGAUCUGAAACUCCAAUCCUAGACAAGAUGUCUCUCCAAGAUAUGACUGUAGUUGAAUCCAAAAAUGAAGGUCAACAACCUGAUAUGAGAAUUUCAAGCGUCGUCAACAAUCAAACCAGCAAAGAGACACAAUUGUCAACAGAUGCAGGCGAAUUGCUAGCAAAUUCCUCAUAUUUUUUGAAUCAUAAGCUCUAUUUUCAGAAGAACUCUACUACUGUAUCUAUAGAGUUGGUUGAAUCUCCAGUUAACCUGAUAAUGAAGCCGGAUCCAGCUAAUUCCACAGUUUCUCAAAAUCAAACAACUAUUGUUCAUGAAGAAAUGAAUAAAACAAAGAUGCUAUCUCAAGGCAAGGAAAAGCCUAAGUUGAAGAAUGAACUGACGGAGCAGAAGAUUGAGGCAGUAUCCAUACCAUUGGAAUCAAAGGAGCCCCACAACAAUUCAUCAUCUGAAAAUGGUAACGGAGAAGUUGUUCAAUUGGAAACUAGUAGUUCACUAACAUCCCAAGAGAAAAAUAGAGAUGUGAAUGGCGAACGAUCAAAAUUUUCAGACAUUCGAAACAGAGUAGAUAGCAGUAAGCAGGAAGCUGUAGAAAAAUAGUUGUAGGCGGUGAUUGCAGUUCAUCGCAUCAAUCAUUUUGUUUUCUCAAGCUAUUGCAAAAGGAAAGCUUUGCUGCUUUCAAAUGUUCUGAUGGUAUUCGUUAAUGUUUUUUUUAUAUUAACUAAUUUAAGUUUUCCUCAUUUA